AUGGCGGUUGACUCUCCCAGAAGCUCUAAGCGCAAGGCCUCGGAGGAGGCCGCUUCCCCGGACUCUCAGCUGCAACACAGCAAGAAAGCGCGAACAGAUUCCCCCGAGAAAGAGGAAGAUGGCGCUCUGCGAAAACCACCACUGCGGAUCGUCCCUUUUCCCGAGAAGCCCGCCGUCCUCGAGGAGCGCCGGGGUGACAUCGAGUUUCGAGUCGUCAAUAACGAUGGGUCACACGACAGCUUCAUUGUCCUCACGGGACUGAAGUGUAUCUUCCAGAAACAACUCCCGAAAAUGCCCAAGGAUUAUAUUGCCCGACUCGUCUACGACCGAUCACAUUUGUCGAUUGCAAUUAUCAAGCACCCACUAGAAGUUGUUGGAGGGAUCACAUAUCGACCAUUCAAUAGCCGCAAGUUUGCGGAAAUCGUGUUCUGUGCGAUUUCAUCCGAUCAGCAGGUCAAGGGCUAUGGUGCACACUUGAUGUCUCACUUGAAGGACUACGUGAAGGCCACGUCCCCGAUCAUGCACUUCCUGACCUACGCAGACAAUUACGCCAUUGGAUAUUUCCAAAAGCAAGGAUUCACCAAACAGAUCAAUCUGGACCGGUCCAUCUGGAUGGGAUACAUUAAAGAUUACGAGGGCGGCACCAUCAUGCAGUGCACCAUGCUCCCCAAGAUCCGGUACCUCGAAGUGGGUCGUAUGCUACUCAAGCAAAAGGAGACCGUGCGUGCCAAGAUUCGCGCAUUCAGCCGUUCCCAUAUCAUCCACCCGCCGCCCAAGGAGUGGAAGGGCGGAGUGGUCCCAAUCGAUCCACUGAUCAUUCCCGCGAUCAAGGAGUCCGGAUGGUCACCGGAUAUGGAUGAAUUGGCGCGCCAGCCCCGUCAUGGACCGAACUUCAACCAGCUGUUGCAUCUGUUGAACGACAUGCAGAACCACAGCGCCGCCUGGCCAUUUACGCAGCCGGUCAACCGCGACGAAGUGCCGGAUUACUACGAGGUGAUCCUGGAGCCGAUGGAUCUGUCCACAAUGGAGGAGAAGCACGAGAAAGACAUGUAUCCGACGCCGCAGGAUUUCAUCAAAGAUGCCUCGUUGAUCUUUGAUAACUGCCGGCGGUACAACAACGAGACUACGCCGUAUGCGAAGAGCGCGAACAAGCUGGAGAAGUUUAUGUACCAGCAAAUCCGCAAUAUUCCUGAGUGGUCGCACCUGGCGGACGGGCAUUGA